AUGGCGUAUAUCAACAUUGCGGAAUGGACACCGGAGCACGUCGCGGACUGGUUAAGAGGCCUGGACGAUAUUAUUAUUCCAUAUGUGCACUUCUUCCUCAACAACAACAUCGAUGGCCACCACCUCCUCACCCUUGGUCCAGAUGAUCUCACUAGCCUCAACAUUUCCAAGGUCGGCCACCAGGAACUCAUCCUCGAGGCUGUUGACCACUUACGUCAACUGCACUACAAGCUGAUCACAGAGAAUCUGCAGUCACUGGCACUGAAGCUUGGCUGCAGAGCGCGCAGUGUUUACAAUGAAAUCAAGCGCAUGACAACCACGGACCAGGAUAACGUCGUGAACAUAGCCACCAGCAUCCUGGCCGAUGUGUCAGAGGUCCUGCUUGCCGUCAAGUCUUUCGUCUCGUGGCUGGACAGGGCACCCUUCGAAGGCCAGGAGCGUUACACCAACAUUCGACAGACAGUGCUCAAGCUGGGCAUCGAGCUGGCGUCCACGGCUCAGCGAGACCAUUUCGCAGCCAAGCCCUAUGCCGUUAUACAGAGCAGUUGUUACAACCUUGCUGACAUCUGUGAUAUCAUCAUUCAAGAGUGCCACGAUUCCCUCAUCAUCCAGCCCGCUUCUCUUGACGUAGCCACUGUCAAGAAGAAGACAGAUGAAGAAUGGGGCAUGCAGAUUAAUUCAUCUUACUCGGGCAUCCAUGUUGUCGGUGGAGUCAAGUUUCAGAGCCCAAGCCAUCGAUGCGGCAAAGUUGAUGUUGGCGACGAGAUUGUCCAGAUCAACUACCAGACGGUGGUGGGGUGGCAGCUGAAGCACCUCGUCUACAUGCUUCAGGAGCACCCCACCGAAGUUUUGCUUACCCUGAAGAAAAGGCCACGACACACAAAUAUUUUGGGGCAGGUAAUAGUGUUGAGGCCAUACAGAAUACCACUGAAAAAGGUUACCUAUGGAAAGGUGAUGUGGCCUGAGAAUGGUGUCCAGCCAGUAAGCAUUGAAGAAGUCUUUCCUGUAAAGACGCAGCAAGAGCCUUCGAGCCCAAGGGCUGUGCUUCGAGAGGUGGAAGACGACGACUCGGCGUUUUUGCCAGACGCAGCUGUUCAGAGUGCCACGUCGACGACAACUGCAUCGGUCGCAGCACCGUCAUCCAUUCGAGCCCAAGUGUUUCCUCCGCGGUCGCGGGCUGCCAUUCAUCGGCGAGCCACAGUCAGUGGUGCGUCCCCUACGGUCACGAAAGCACCCGUCAGUCUACAGGACUUGGUUGCCGGUGGAAUCCCUGGUCUGUUCGGUGGUAGCUCGAAGAAGAAGGACACAGUGUUUCGUUCAGUUUCUCACGAUCCCGGCUGUCACGGUGCUGGUGGGAAGCUAUCCGUGGCAGAUGGAUCUGGCGCAGAAGACGGGAAGGAGGCCGAAGCAACUGGGGUUGAACAACAUCAGGAGAAAAAGCAAGAGCUGGCGUCAGAUGCGGCCAAAGAAGCUCCCAUGGUGUCCAAAGGCAGGACGGCGUCUGACUCUGCUGUUGUCCCACUCGUAGGGAGGUCCUUUGGAAUGGCGGGCACACUUUCUUCGCGCCUCAGAGAAGCCAGAGGCUUGACAACUGGGGAGUCCACAAAGCAGUCCAGUGGGCCCCCUGCACCAGCCUGUGGAAGUCGGGCUGUGGCUGAUGUGAGGUCAGAAGUUGGAAGCCAAUCGCCACGGGAGAGGAGGCUGUUUGGGCCGGGAACGGGCCGGCGGUCACCCAUGGUCACACUCAAGGUUCCCAAAAUAGAGGAUCUGAAGCACAAUCACCUGAACAGUAGGUCCAGCAAGGCGAAGGCUCAGGAGACGCUGACAAGUGCCCAGGCUAACCCUAGUAGCGGUGAUGCGCCUGGUGCAAAGAUUGGUUUUGGUGCCAAAGAAUCUCCCAAGAAGCCUCUUGCCCAAGGAAUCGUGGGGUGCCGUGCCCGGAGCUGGGGGUGGCCGAGUGCGAAGGGUGGCUCCUCCGGCGCCGGUGGGGGGGGCAGCAGCACCAGCAAAGCAGCGCCCCUCCUAGCAGCGGGGAGGACGGCGGCACCAGCGAUGGCAGCCCUUCCUCCCUGGCGCCGCCGCUGGGUCCUCCUCCGGGGUCCCCAGCUCUUCCUCUACGCCACUCCCCAGGACCAGAAAGCAGAAUGCCUGCUGUAUGUGCCUGGUUUUGUGGUGUCCCUUGCGCCCGACUGUAAAUCUAAAAACUGUGCCUUCAAGCUCUCCAACUCCAAAAACACUUUUUAUUUUGCAACAGAGUCCACGGCAGAUACAUCAAGAUGGUUAACCAAGCUUCAGCAGGUGGCCAAACUUUUCCCCGAUUCCGCAGGUCCAUGCAUCUGGGCAAGUGAUAGUGAUGAAGAUGCAGUGCUGGACAGCGCAUUGUUCAAGUCAGCAUCGUCGUCAUCAUCGUUUUCCAGUCACAAAAUCAGCAUAGUGCCGUCACCUUUGGACAGGCCGAGACAGCCAUCUCCAAAGCCAAUGCCUAGAACUAUAUUUCUCCGCUCGACUGUGGCUCCUCCACAGUUGACAGACAGAUCAGCCACUCUUUCGCCUCGGCGGACCUCCGGGGAGCCACCUACGACGAGUGCUUCAGUUUCCUCACUGCCCAGAAAUCGUGAGUCAUCCAACUCCCCGCCGGCAGCACCGUGCCCUUCAUCAUUGGAGCAGUCUUCAGAGUGCAGUGACGGCUCUUCGUGCAGCCUAACUGCAAAGCAGAGGUUGUCGGGUGCCUGGGACAAAUAUAGCGAUGCGCUGGGUGUUGUAGUACAGCCAGCAAAGCGAGAUUUUAGUAGUGCUAAGUCAAAGCCUCCAUCAGGCCUUUACAUGAAUGUUUCCUUCAAGCACAACAGUAGCGUCAAGGAGCCGUCCAUUCCAGCGGGUGCGAGCUUGCCCCCGCCAAGUGAAGUGAUUCUCGGAGCCAAAACUGGCAAUUCGGCCAGAUUACCAACCUUGGCACCUCCGUCCCCAUUGCCGUCUCGCGCAGUGCAGCGGCGCCCAUCAGACUCCGCCAAGUUGUUGCGGAGCAGGACCGCAGACAACUUUCCCCAGAUGCAGACGCCGAAGGGCGAAACGCUGCUCGACCGAGAGUACAACAGGGUGUUUAAGAAAUCGCCGUCGGCGUCGUCCUCCCCAGAUCCUGCUGCUCUCUCGGAUAGCCCAGCCCCGUCCCCGGUACCACUGCCAGUGCUUACUAAUUCUCUGAUGCCGCGCUGUGCCACGAGCCAGGAGAUUAAGGACCUCUACACGAAUCGCCGAAACUCGUGGAGGGGCUCCCAGCAGGAGUUGAUGAUUCCACUUUCAUCGGUAGGCAGCAGUGACCUUGGCUCUCCUCUAGAAGGGUGUGUGCAGUCACAGGACUACAGUUUUCGGGACUACUCAUCAGCCCGAUUACCCGUCGCAAGGCCGGACGUCAUUCCAUCCCAAUACCACCAGGGUCGGUGCAGGCCGUCCCAUCCCGAGGAGGAAGGCACCGAUCCAUGGGUUUCUCGUGGCACCUCGAGUCCAUCUCAAGGUGUCGAACGAGCACCCAGAGGUGAGAAGUUGUCGUCGUCAUCUUUCCUAAGGGCGGGUGCUGCGCCUGCAUCGGCUUGUUGUCAGGCAGCGCCUUCUCCCACCCCAACCAAGACAUCGAGCCGUUUCUUUCACUCACCGAAGUUCCUCAAGAAGUUCGCUUCCUCGACACGGGAGGGCUUGUCCAACAUGUUGCGUUCGCCGCGGCUUGAGAGAAAGAAGCUGAGUGCUGAAAGGGACAUGUAUGGGUCGCCCAAGCUUAGUCGCUCUUCUGGCGUCCGAUUACUCAAGUCGUCAGCGUCUGCUUCUGCUGUGUCAUCAUCAGCCUGCAGAGGUCCCCGAGGAGUCAUCGCCAUCGCCUUUGACGCACAAGAGUGGUAGCAGCAGCAGCCUCAACAGCAGCACUUCGGCGGGUAGCUUUGUCACGUCGUCGUCAUCGUCGCACUGCUACGCCGAAGUGUUUGCACCACCCGGAUCGGCACCUUUGGCACGGCCCGAGACGCCGGAGACGCCCCGUGCGCGGCCAACGAUGGGAGUGUCCAUGCUUCGGGGCAAGCGGCGCACUUCAUCGAGUGCCGCGGGAUCCGAAGAGCGCUCCUUUUCGCCCUGCUCGUUCGCGUCGUCUGCUGGAGGAAGUGGCAGUGGAGCCCCGUGGUCUCGGGAUGAUGGCAGUGUCUUCGGUGAGGAGAUGUCACCUGGAGGGGGCGAUGCCUUCCAGUUUGGGCACGGUGUGGAUGGGAGCCCUGAAAGUGUUUUAGGAAGUGGAUCCGAGAGGGAGUGACGACUCCGUGGGAUCAUAGUGGCAAUUAAGGAUGGAAGGCGGCCUGCAUCAAACCAAAACAGUGACUAGUAUUCUGUGUGGUAAGGCAUUUCCACACGCUUGAGGUGCACCCCACGUAUACGGGAUAUUGAAAGACGGGAACCUUAUUUUUGUUACGUUUUGUUACUUCUCGCCUGUUGUAAUUCUCGGCUCUCCUACGAGUAACCUGUGCUGCUGCUGAGGUAUUCUUCCACCUACCCGUCAGUGAGAUUAGCUGUCCUACUAUUACUACCAGUUCUAGUGUUGUCUUUCAAGGAAAAAGUUGGCGAAUCGUUCAGGGCCAAUGAGCCGUUUCCAUUUGAUGAGGUACUACGCGAUACAGCUAUACUAAGAGUGCCUCGUAUACAUGAUGAUCACCAUUUUGGUGAUAAGUGCAUAACAUUGAUUCAGGCACAAUGUUGCGCCCUUGAAGUGAUAGAAUUUUAUUAGUCAACAUUUGCAGGGUCCGAUAAAUCAUCGCUGGUACUAAUCAUAACUUUCUGGCAGCAGCCCUGGGAUCAAAAUAAAAAGAAUAACCAACAAAGGAAACCAAUGGUGAUUUCCCGUCGGUAUUUCUGAAGUUUCUAGGCAUUGACUUCUAGAAAGAAACUGUUUACUAUAAUUCCCUGUGCCUGUACAUUUCUACGAGGCAUUAAGGCAACUGGUAGUCUCUGGUGACUCGUACUCAUUCAGGAGAAGGAGGGUUGAGCUUUGUCGAAUGUCUGUUUAAAGCGGCGGCUGUUCAGACAGUCGGCUACAUUAUGACAUCAUGAUUUCCCGCAUGUUUUUUCAACGUACAAAUUUCGGCACAUUCCCAUCAAAUUUUAUUGCUGCUGUUUCUUUUUGCAUUGAUUAGACUGCGUGCUCUUAUAGCAGCUGCUGACAGACUUCGACGACAGCUUUAAAUUUUCUGUAGCAAACUAGAUAUCACAAGGUACACACACAAUGCUCAUUCAAAGGUGCUGACUAAAGCAAGGUUGUAGUGUUUGGACACAAUGAUGUCUUGUGUACCACGCAAUAUUUAGGCCAGUUUGACGGGAAAGCAUCGCGCUAGUAAUUCAGUGCCAUCUUUUUCUUGGUUCCUGACUGUCCUCGAGGCAUUUUGUACGAUGCGGGCGGCACUUUCAUGAUUGUUUCAAAUGUUUUUGAUGCGCCUUGCCAUAGGAAGAGUGAGGAACGUUUUUGUGUUCCAACAUGCUAUAAAGCCUAAGGGUGUUGACCAUGUUUGCAGUGAGCAUGGUUUUUAUAUGCUCCUAGCGAGCUGCCAUGUAUUGUGAGCUGUAAUGUGUUUCCUCUCUUAUAAUGUAUUUGUAAGUGACAGACCCGCAAUAGGACUUUUUAUUUAGUUUAGCAUAACCUGUUAUCGAUACGCCACCUUCGAAGUCUGUAGUAGUAUGAAAACUGUAUUAUUCACUAACUCUUACUGAACUUAAGCCACUCAUUUUUUAAAAUCUGCUGUUGUAACUGCAUGCGAGCGUGAGACUGUGUGUUUUGCUGUCUUGUGGUGGUUCAUUCUGUAGCUUUACGUUUUUUUGAGAGUAGUGCAUUUGAGCCAAACUGUCUUUAGAGCUGUCUAAAGUUUCUACGCUCUUUUAUGGCUUCAUUCUAAGCUGUAUUCUUGCGCUUUGUCACAGUGUGUAACGAAGAGCCAGCUGCCGUAUCUCACACGGGACUGGACCCUUCGAAGUGUUCAUGAACAAACUUUUUCACUCUUGCUGCUCUUUGUAGAAAGUUCCUGUUUUUUGACACGCAACUUGCCAUCUGAUGGUGUCCCUUACUGCGAAUCAUCUACACAAGAAAAAAAUACCAGGGUUGUGCUCUUGCUGCACAGGCUAUGUCAUUUGUCAGUUGUGUGUUAGUAAAGGCGUCUUAGAUGAGCUUUGCGAUUGCAGCCAGGCCAUUGUGAUGGAAGUCCACUGUGAAGCCCAUAGACGGGCAAUGGUACGCCGAAUGUGGUUGUGUGUGUCGGAGGUACAUGUGACAAAUAUGUGGGAUGGAGGGAGAAAGGCCAGUGCUGCAUAUAAUAACUAUUGUUCAACCGUGUUGAUGCAUUCAAAUAGAGGGGGUGACAAAAACGACAUGUGAAGGAGAACUCAGGAUUAUGUUUGUAUAAUAUGAAAUGAGUUUCAGAGUUUCUUGCUGAGAAUGUACAAACGUGAAGCCAUAUUGAAUAGGAUGCAUUAACGAGGUUUUACGGUGUUUAAAUUAACAUCCUCUGGUCUCUGUCACUCUCUGUCCGCCGUCUGUUUUGAGUUGCUCUACUAUUGUAGAGGAAGGUUGUUCACUGUUGGACUUAGUGUUUACAAUAGCUAGCCCGGCAUAGGUGGAAUGAAAUCUUGUGAAUAGAUUGAAUGAUCCACAUCAGUUUAGUCUACUUCUUAUUUGAGAUAAUUGUUUGAUUUCUAGAUUUGUGUAGGACAGUGUUGUUCUUUGGGGUACAGCUGGGAGAGGGUUUCGUCAUCAUUUUUUACUCAGGGGCCAACUUGAAGCAUCUAAUAAAGCUUGACAAUGUUUUGCUUUGACUUGUAUUAACUUGCCCCAACUCAUUGAGGCGAGCAGCCUUUUUUAGUGCCAGCUUCAUUUGUGUGUUUUGCUAGUGAUGCAUGGAAGUUGUCAUGAACGGCUGUUUGUUAUGGGCAUUGACUGCAAGAGAAUCUUGUUGACGAAAGAGGGGUGCCUUGAAAUCAUGGGCAUCACUUAAAUCUUUAUGAACAUUAUCGGAUGUCUGCAAUUUACCUGCUGUCAUUGUAUGUAGGUCUGUUAUGGAGUGAAAUGCUAAAAAGGCCCUCUUAAAGAAAAAAAAAAAUUGAUAUGUAGCACUACUCAGAUAGGCUCGAUUACAUAUGUUCAAGGUCCCACUGUUAUAGGACAUCCUUGAGCAUAUUGAUUCCACUCUCUCUUGGCUUCUACCUUAUAUUGCUUGCAUUGAGAACAGUGUUUUCUCGACAGCCUUGCAGAUAGAUUGCACUGAACACUAUAGGGUCGAUGUUAGUAUGGUCAUGAGUAAGGUGGCAAUGUAUGCAGUUGCUUCCAAUGUCGCUGAUCUGCUUUGAAUAAGUGUUCUGUCACUUUCUCUGGUUUCUGUACCCUGGUGCAUAAUUCAGUUCACAUUCGAGGACAAUGUGGCACAUGAACUGGUUCAUGUCAUGCAUCAGGUCUGUUUACAACGAUUUGGAGAAUUUUCAAGAUAGUAGCCAGAGAAGUCACACCCGAGCUGAGCGUUCAUCUGUGCUCUCAGAGUCGACGGAGACACCGGUUGAAUUUUAUCAGAUCUAAAUUGCACAUAUUGAUCGAAAGCUCGAGACCACACUUUUAUGUUCAUGCCCCGCCGCGGUGGUCUAGUGGCUAAGGUACUUGGCUGCUUACCCGCAGGUUGUGGGAUCGAAUCCUGGCUGCGGCGGCUGCAUUUCCGAUGGAGGCGGAAAUGUAGGCCCGUGUGCUCAGAUUUGGGUGCACGUUAAAGAACCCCAGGUGGUCCAAAUCUCCAGAAGCCCUCCACUACGGCAUCUCUCAUAAUCAUAUGGUGGUUUCGGGACGUUAAACCCCACAUAUAAAUAAAUCAAUCAAUCAACUUUUAUGUUAUUGUUUGCGAGUUUGAUUCUGUGAGCGAACUAUACAAAUUUCUUCUGUGUGCGUUUUUACAGACAGUCGAUUGCAAAUCCCUCAACGAAAGCACUUUAUAUUGCUGAAAGUCACCAGUUUAAUGCGCCAUCAGUGGCAGUGCCAAAUGUCAUUUUUGGGGCAUAUGUGGAGAGAAUGGAGAGGAUAAUCUAGUUUUCUGAAAUAUCUUGACUUAAAUCGAGAACAAGACUGGUUCAGUCUGAAUAAGGUGACGCCUGACAUGAACAUGCAACAGUUGCUGAUUACGUUUUUGUAAGCGCAUUCUUAAGAGGCGUUACGAUGACAUCGGGUUUUAAGCCACGCAAUGCCUGAGGUUAAGUCGCAUUUCCGUAUACUGGGAUAACGAGGUAACUUCAUGAUGUGAAGAUAAGGGAGUGAAAAAAACGUUCAGCACAUGAUUGAUGGCAUGUUUUUUGUGAGAAACUAGUGGGAGGGGGUACGUAAAACUUGAACAACUCCUCUUUUCAAUGAGAUUGUUGCAGUCAAAUGGCGUAAUUUUUUGUUCCUUUGAUCGCCAUAAUCUGUGAGGCGAGAUGUGGAUAUGUUGAGACGUAGAGGCAUUAUAGACUAUGGCGAUUCUGGUGAAUGAUAUUCUUCCGGUGUUUUCUAUUAAAGUAUUGUUUAUAGCAAAAGCAUUGUUCUGGGAUGCAAGACACAGUAAUUUUCGAGCGCACAGUUAAGUGUCAGCCUAUAUAUAGUAUGUUAUGAAGUGUAGAGGAGGCACAUGUAAUACAUGGCAACAUGCAUUCUUUUUCUGAAAUGGUACAUUCACCCUUGUACAAGAUCUUGACAGAGCUAGACCGUAUGUAGGCAUUAGUGAUAACUUGUUUGGCAAGCAUAUCAUGUAUAAUUUUGGCACAUAAAACACCAUAAUUGUGCUGUAUAGUCACUGACCAACAUCACAUCGAUUCAGCAGUUUUCUAAUGAAAAGUGGUCUAAUCGAGCAUUGUGCAAAAUUCUGCCAGUUCAGCCCUGAGUUCAUGAUACAGAAACUUGUACUAGCUAAGAGAGAGAGAGAAUCAGUAUCAGCCUUGAUGUCUUGACAUUCUCAGGUCUGUGAAAAAUGUGGCCAAAGCAUUCUUUUUUCACAUGACUUGUCUUGCUGACAUGAAUUUCUCUUGGUGAUCUGCUCAAGGAUGUUCUAAACGGUUAAACCUUCACACCAUUUGUUUGUUCACAUUGUCUGAGCUAUAUAAGCUUUUUGUACGGUAGUGCUAGUGCACACCACUAACAUCGGUGUGCCAUCGUUGGUAAGCUCUGUAACUUACUGGUAAGAGCAGAUGAUUUUGGAGUAGCUUGAAAUGGGAAACGUUGUUAAGUUUAGAAAAAAAAAAAGUGUGUAAGUGUCUAGAAGAGUUAGUAUAGGUUUGAAGGGAAUUACUUCUUUUAAACGAAGGAGCUGUUCGUGUUUUCCUUCUCAACGCAACAGUCUUGUACAAAUGUAUAUUUUUGUCUCCAUAUUGUACAUAUAAUUGUAUACACAAGGUGCAUAUAUUAAAAUAUUUUAUUCAGUGUUACGCUUCAUAACAA